UAGUGUAUUACAUACAGUGAAUAACAUAUUUGAAUAUAAUUUAGUAGUAGAAAAUUAAAUAUGGACGGGAAUAAAAGAAAAAGUGAGUCCGAUCUAAGUACCAAGGAAGCUAAUAUAAAUGAAGUCUUGAAUAAUCAAGAUGCGUCGACGGAAGUCUUUGAAGCGGUUAAAGGGCUUGAUGCCAACCGGUACGCUACGAAGAAGACUGUCGCGCAAGGAAUGCUAGACAUUGCCCUGCUAACAUCAAAUGCUUCUCAACUCAAAUAUGUGCUCCAAGUUGGUUCUAAGCAUGAAUUUUAUAUGCUAUUAGUUGUCCUUAUAUCCAUCUCUAUAGUUUUACAGGUGAGUGCGGGAGUCCUGGCCUUAGUCAUAUCGGCUUUGAAUGGAGAUCAUACUGUUAAACAGAAGAAAAUAGCAGAUUGGCUUUAUCAUAUAUCAGUUGGUAUGAUGACCUGUGUAGUGUUCUGUGACGUCAUCAAAAUGACAUUUGGCCUUGAUCCUGCACUCUCCGAACAAGAUUAUUUUAGCAAUAUUUAAUUAUUUAGUUAUUGAGCAAAGGUAUAAUAUGUAUUAUUUUUUGGCCUUUCACUUAUUAUUUUCAUGUUUUGCUUUUUUUUAGGUUAUUUCAGCAGUAGCAUCUGCAAUUCUCGCUAUAAUUUUUGAUAUCAACCACGAGCAGCAGCAACGCAAAGCAGACAUGUUGAAUAAUUUAUCAUUAAUGUUUAAAGCUAUAGGCAGUACACUUAACGUCAUCAUUUGUAUUUUCUACUCAAUA